AUGGACAGACUGCCGUCCUCCAUGCGGAAGAGACUCUACAGCCUUCCCCAACAGUUUGGUGCCAACAAGACUGGCAUCAUCAUGGACGAGGAAGACGGCGGCGGCGGCGGCGGGGAGGAGGAGGAGGAGGAGGAGGGGGUGAGGAGCAUCAGGAUGAACCCUCUGCUGUCUCCCGCCGGGAGUGUGGCCAAGAGGACAGGGGAGAGCGGGGGCUUCGUGGAGACGGACGUGAGCAAAGCUCCCAAGACCAGCACCAACGGGGACUGCAGGAGGUUGAGGGGGAGCCUGAGCUCUCUGGCCAACCGCCACGAGAGCCAGACUGAAGCCGGUGUGCGGGAGAUGGACCUGGACCUGGACCUGGACCGGGAGAGGCGGACCUCGGUGUCCCUCAAGGCGGAGGCGGAGGCGGAGGCGACCCCCCCCGACCAGGUCUACCCCGACCAGGACGACCCGAGGGGCUUCCCCGCCGCCGGGUUCAUGCAGAGGCAGUUCGGGGCCCUGCUCCAGCCCGGGGUCAACAAGUUCUCCCUCAGGAUGUUCGGCAGCGAGAAGGCGGUGGAGCGCGAACAGCGGCGGGUCCAGUCCGCGGGGUUCUGGAUAGUCCAUCCGUACAGCGACUUCAGGUUCUACUGGGAUCUGACCAUGCUCCUCCUCAUGGUGGGGAACCUCAUCAUCAUCCCUGUAGGGAUCACAUUCUUCAAGGACGAAAACACCACCCCCUGGAUUGUCUUCAACGUGGUGUCGGACACUUUCUUUCUGGUUGAUCUGGUGCUAAAUUUCAGAACUGGGAUUGUGGUUGAGGACAACACCGAGAUCAUCCUAGACCCACAGAAGAUCAAGAUGAAAUAUCUGAAGAGUUGGUUUGUGGUGGACUUUAUAUCCUCCAUUCCCGUGGACUACAUUUUUCUAAUCGUGGAGACGAGGAUCGACUCUGAGGUGUACAAGACGGCCAGGGCUUUGAGGAUCGUCAGGUUCACCAAAAUCCUCAGCCUUCUCCGUUUGCUGAGGCUAUCACGUCUCAUUCGAUACAUUCAUCAAUGGGAAGAGAUUUUCCACAUGACGUAUGACCUGGCGAGUGCAGUGGUGAGGAUUGUUAACCUGAUCGGCAUGAUGCUGUUGUUGUGUCACUGGGAUGGCUGUCUCCAGUUCCUGGUUCCAAUGCUGCAGGAAUUCCCACCUGACUGCUGGGUGUCCCUCAACCACAUGGUGAAAGACUCCUGGGGGAGGCAGUACUCCUAUGCGCUAUUCAAAGCCAUGAGCCACAUGUUGUGCAUCGGAUACGGACAGCAGGCUCCCGUUAGCAUGUCUGACGUCUGGCUGACCAUGCUCAGCAUGAUAGUAGGAGCCACCUGCUAUGCUAUGUUCAUCGGUCAUGCCACGGCCCUCAUCCAGUCACUGGAUUCCUCUCGGCGGCAGUACCAAGAGAAGUACAAGCAAGUGGAACAGUACAUGUCCUUUCACAAACUUCCAGGCGAAAUGAGGCAGCGAAUCCAUGAUUACUAUGAACACCGAUACCAAGGCAAGAUGUUCGACGAGGAGAGCAUAUUGGGGGAGCUGAGCGAGCCGCUGCGGGAGGAAAUAAUCAACUUUAACUGCCGUAAACUGGUGGCGUCCAUGCCUCUGUUUGCCAACGCAGACCCCAACUUUGUCACGUCCAUGUUGACCAAGCUACGCUUCGAGGUGUUCCAGCCUGGAGAUUAUAUCAUUCGCGAGGGGACAGUGGGGAAGAAGAUGUACUUCAUCCAGCAUGGUGUUGUCAGUGUCCUCACAAAGGGCAACAAGGAGACAAAGCUCUCCGACGGUUCCUACUUUGGAGAAAUCUGUUUGCUGACCAGGGGACGUCGCACGGCGAGUGUUCGGGCGGACACUUACUGCCGUCUCUACUCCCUGUCUGUGGACCAUUUCAACGAGGUGCUGGAGGAGUAUCCCAUGAUGAGACGUGCCUUUGAAACCGUGGCCCUCGACAGACUCGACAGGAUAGGCAAGAAGAACUCCACUCUGCUCCACAAGGUCCAGCAUGACCUGAACUCCGGGCUCUUCAACUAUCAGGAGAAGGAGAUAAUACAGCAGAUUGUACAGCAUGACCGAGAGAUGGCACAGAACAUCCAGAGGCCACUGCCCACCGUUUCCCCGCCAACCCCCGUCAUCUGGCCACCCUUGAUCCAAGCCCCAUUGCAGGCGGCAGCUGCCACUACAUCAGUGGCCAUAGCGCUCACCCAUCACCAUCCUUGCCUCCCUGGGGGCAUCUUCCGACCACCGAUAUCCAUCCUCAGCUCUUUGGGGCAACAGUCCUGCCAGACCCCAGGGGAGGUGAGGAGAAACCAGACCUCAGCUGGAGCUCCUACCACAGAUUCUUCCGCAGUCGGGUCUCCAUGCAGCACCCCCUCCCACCUCCACACGCCCUGCCCAGAAUCCCCCCAGGCCUCAUUCUUCCACCCCCACCAGCUGCUCGGGGGCUCCUCGUACAGCGGCCUGGGGCUGGGCUUGGGGCUGAGCCAGCUCCCGCCACCAUCACCCAGCUCCCCCCCCACCAGCUCGGCCUACCCUCACGCUCGCACGUGUCUCAGCGGGUCAAUGUUAACACACCCUCGGCAGCCCAGGUCGGCCACCUCCUCUCCCACGCCCUCGGGAGGACAUCUCCAGCAGUUCAUGGCCAGCGUGCUGCAGCCCACCCACCAGCCCAGCUCGCCUGUGGUGGCCCAGCUUCACCCGCCCACAGCCAGCUCCUCCCCUCCUCAACUGAAGCAUCUUCAGCCCACGUCUAACUCUCCUCAGGCGGGCGGGGCUCCGACUGCCUUAUCAGGCAUUGCGCAGUCGCCAGGACUUCACCUGCCCGUGCCGGCCAGCCCCUCGGCUAGUCUAAGCCAACUGCCCCAAGCUGGCUCCCCUUCGGUCAGUCUAAGCCAACUCCCACAAUUCGGCUCCAGCUCUCCGUCGGUGAACUGCAAACUCCCGCUCGGUGGUGGGUCAGGUCUCCAAACCAACACCACGGGCCACUUGUUGCAGCAGCCAAGCAAAGCCAGCCACAUGUCCCCCGCUCCCAUGUCCACCCUGCACCGUUCGGGAACCUUAUCUCUGCGCUGCACCCCCACGGGGUCUUUCCAAGGCCAGGCAACGGGGAGAACGCUUCCACGUGGCUCGCCUGCUGUGUCGGGUUCCCACAGCUCGCUUCUGAUGCCACAGACUCUCUCCCUGAAGGGCGCACCGGCAUUGCAAAGAGGAUGUCUCACACAGGACAUCAAGAUGAUUUCUGUCUCUCAGCCACUGCUGCCCCAAGGAGUGGCCCAAGCCCUGAGUCGAGGAAGUCCUCCCUCGGUUAGGGAGUCCUUUGGUGGUUUGACAGCUUCUUCUAAGGCGGAACAACUCAGCAAGCCAUAUAGCUCCAUCCCUGAACGUAUAACUCUCUCACGGCAAAUGUCCUCAGGGGCUUUACCGCAACCACAGGGACAGUUGUUUGGAGCAUCUGCUGCUACCUUUUCAGCUACGAUAUCUAAAGACCAGACUGUGCCCAGAAAGGGGUCAGUAACCUUCAGUUCUGACCUGGAAUCCAUUCAGUCUAAACUCCCUUCAAACUUGUGA